ACCAGCAACAUAGAUUACCUUUGCUGGAGUGGAAACAGAUGUGCGUCACUGUAGGAUAGUUAUAAAGUCCAUGAGUUAGACUGGACACAUCACGACUGGCAGACGUAUCCGGACCUGCUAACUUAGACACGUCCAAGCUCUACACCCAGAGUGGACGCAACAAGUACCGACGGUUGUUUAGAAGAUUCUGGAAUAAGAGAUAAACAUUCAACGUUCUUUAGAUAUGGCGUUGACGAGUUCAAAGCUAAAUAUCAUUUUUGUGUUGGUCUUCUGUGUAUCUCAUGCACAAGCUGUGUGUACCUGUGAGAAAACUCCGCCUAGUGGAAAUUGUGUUUGUCAGUCUGACAACUCAAAUCCUGCCCAGUGUAAAGCCUGUGUAUGUGACCACAUAACGAAGUAUGGGAAUGGGCCUUUACUCUGCUCUUGUAGACCUGGCUAUGCAAUCAGCAGCAUAGAUCGCAAGAAGUGUGCAGACAUCGAUGAAUGCAACGGUCCAGCAGGAAAUCCGUGUCAGCAGAUUUGUACAAACACUGUUGGCAGUUACUCGUGUUCAUGUAGUCCAGGUUAUGCAAUCAGUAGUGCGAAUUCCAGCACUUGUGAUGACAUCGACGAAUGCAAAGAUCGUUCUACACCUCCCUGCCAGCAGAUAUGUACCAACACAAUCGGUAGCUACUCGUGUUCUUGUGGAUUUGGAUACAGCGCCCUUACACCAGACUCUCGUGCGUGCAUUGCAACAUGCAAAACUGUAAACAGCAGUGACCCUCGACCUCUCGUGAACCUGAACUCGAGAGUUCAAGUCAUGUGUGACACAGAGACAGACGGUGGAGGAUGGAUCAUUUUCCAAAGACGUGUUUCUGGUACUGUAGAUUUUUACAGGAACUGGACGGAAUACAAAAAUGGGUUUGGUGAUUUUAUUUCAGGUAAUUUUUACCUGGGCAACGAGAACAUUUAUCUCUUAACUUCAAACCGUCAAACCGAACUAAGAGUGGAUAUGAUUUUCAAAGGAACACCAUAUUUCGCCAUGUAUUCCAGCUUCAACAUUUCUAGCGAGUCAGAUGGUUACAGACUAUAUGUUGGUGGAUUCACGGGAAAUGUCAGGGACGAUCUAGACAACCACAAAUACAUGAAGUUUUCAACAUUUGACCAGGAAAAUGAUCUAUCUAUCAAAAAUAACUGCGCGCUAAAGUUUCACGGAGCGUGGUGGUAUAAUGACUGUUACCUGAGUAAUCUUAACGGCAUAUACGGUGCAGAGAACACAAAAGGCAACAACUGGAUUCCUUAUUUAGCCUUAUCAUUCACCGAAAUGAAAUUAAGACUUCUUUAACAUGUACAGAAUAAAGGGGUUUCUGUGCAUGCCACAAUAGACCAUAGGCACGGGAGUGUACAAAUGGAGAUGCCUUUAAAGAAAACAUGAAGAUAAUUAGUUAAAACAAAUGAUUUUGCUAAAUAUAAAUCUUAUUUUGCCGUGUGAAUUUAUUAAUUAACUUGCGUGUCUAUGUUAAUGUUAUUACAGAGUAAACUGUUUUUUCAAUCAAUCUGUUGUUUUAAUUCAGAAAAUUAGUCUACGUGUGUUUAGUGCUUGUGAUAUGAACAUUUAGGAAGUGUUACAAAGACUAAGAGUUCUGUACACAUAUACUAAAAUAUUAACUACAAAAAUAUGUGUGUCAAAUGUUUACCACACUGUCUAUAUGUACUGUCUAUGUAACAACGUUUUAGGGGUCAUCCAUAAAUGACGUCACGCUUUUUUGACGAUUUUUACCUCCCCCUACCCUCCGUCACACGUCGUUACAAACAGCAAGACCCCCCCCCCUAAAAUGACGUCACACUUCAGCCUACAAACCCCCCGCCCCCCUCAAAACUGCUGUUGAUUUUUUCUAAAAACAUCGAUAUUUUUCUAAAAUCUUGUCAGAACUCUGUCAACUUAGAAUAUUUCGAUCAAUUCCUAUUACUAUUUAUUAAAACUGUUUUCUAAAACGCGAAAUAACGGCUAAAACUCGUUUUCUAACAUUGCUUUUUUAUAAUGCAAAAGUGUGACGUCACUCCAUCUGAAGAUCCACCCUCCCCUUCAUCACACAUCGUCACAAAAUUACGGAUCCCCCCCCCCCGUCCCCCUACGAGUGUGACGUCAUUUAUGGACGACCCCUUAGUGAUGUUAGUUGUAUGUUUAAAUUUUUAGGGUUACUGCAUUUAAAAAAAAUUCGAUUAUGAUAUUGUAAUAUUGUAUACAAUUAUAGGUUAUAAACGGACGGAAUUUUAUCUUAAACUCGAGUGUUGCAGAAAGAAUAGUAAAAUAAAAUAAGUCGUUCAUCAAUUUAAUUUUAUGUAGAAUUAAGUUACUCUUUAUACAAUGAUAACAUAUUUAAGAAAAAAGAGACUUUAAUUGCAGCGAAAAGAUGAAUUGUGGUGAUUGUUGUUUUUAUGUAGUAACUUGUGUAGUACUGUUCGUCCCUGUUCAAUCCUCGUAAUGUGAGUCAUAUUGUCACGUGUCAUCAUCCCGCUUAUACUUGUUUAUGCUUGCUUGUGUGCGUGUAUAUAAGGUGUGUGACAACCGGUUUUGCAUGCAUCAUUCCAGUACUUUUCAUCUAUACCUUAGUGUAGGUUUGUGCUGUGCAUUUUAUUUUUGUUGCAAGUGUAUCGUAGAUUUGCAUACCUUUUUGUGUUUGUGUAAACAAUGUAGAUAGGACUAUAUCAAACUUCUAUUUGGUGUUUAGUGGGCGUUUGUUGUUUUCAGUGUUGUGUUCUGUAACCUGUGUGUGAUUUUUUGUCUUAUGUGUUGUGCUCCACGUGUCAAUGUGUACACAGCAUAACUGUUAUUAAUACUUAUUUCAAUGAAUUUUAAGUUAACUAUUAUUAAUACUUAACUUAAAAUUCAUUGAAAUAUGCGAAGCGCAAUUUUUAAAUAGAAUUAGAGCAGUCAUAGACAAACAAUAGUAAUAAAAUAAUCAAAUUAAGUUGCUUUUCUUGUCUCAAUAUUUGUGGAUUUUUCAAUGUGUAUUUUAUAUAUAAUUCUUAAAUUUUCAUUUGUUUUAAUAUUUGCUUUGCAGAGGGAUUUAUAUUUGUUAUUUUUAAACACAUUUUAUAUCAACCUGGGCUUACGUUUCUUAGAAUUAUACAUUUCUAGACUUUUACUACAAAGAAGGCUUGUUUGUAGGCCUAUUUGUUUUGUGGUUAUUAUACAA